GCGCAAGCUAUCACCCAUCCCACCACCAUGGCCAAGUCGCUCCGCUCCAAGACCAAGCUCGCCGCGCGCCGGCGAAAGGCCCACAUGUCGCACUACGCCGUCGCGGAUGCGGAGCGCACCGCGCGCAUUUCGGAGCGCAUUAUGGCCAAGGCUGCUGCCAAGGAGGACGCCGAGGGCGACGCCGAGAUGGAGGCUGAGGGCGACGAGGAGAUGAAGGAGGAGCCCAAGAAGAUCUCAACCUCGGCGCCGCGCGGGAGCCGCCGUGAGGAGUGGCGUAAGAGCAAGGGCAUGGAGGCGCGCCCCAAGCUCAAGGGCCAGAACAAGCUCGGCCGCCCGAUCUCGCGGCACAAGGCGGGCAAGACCAAGCGCCGCCGCUGAUCGCCCACCACCAACCACCGUGUCUACAUCGAUAGAAUCAGGGUUCGCCUCAGGCCGCCUCGCCUUAUGGAGACUUCACCGCCCCGCGCGCUUGUUGUACUAGGAUACCCAUGCAUCCGUGAUCUAU